CGAUUCGUUUAUUGCGCGCCGUCCGAUUUACCCGGUAUCGUGUCCUUCAGGGUCCGGAGAACGAGGACGAUGAAGAGUACGAGGCGGGCGUGGUGAGAUGCAUAGACCUGAGCGGCGACAGGCGGCUGCAGCUCGCCAUCGACUGGGACCCCACCGCGUUGCAUCUCAGAUACCAAACCACCAGGGAGAAGAUGUGCGUGGAGCACUCGUCGGUGGCGGAGUGCGGGGCCACAGCGGCGGCCGUGGACCUGGCGUCGUGCCUGCGCGCCUUCACCAGCGACGAGCGGCUCGAGGCCGCCUACCACUGCGCGCACUGCCGCUCCAUGCAGCCCGCCACCAAGAAGAUGCAGCUGUGGCGCGCGCCGCCCAUACUGGUACACUACACUACACUACACUACACUACACUACACUGCGCGCACUGCCGCUCCAUGCAGCCCGCCACCAAGAAGAUGCAGCUGUGGCGCGCGCCGCCCAUACUGGUACACUACACUACACUACACUACACUACACUGCGCGCACUGCCGCUCCAUGCAGCCCGCCACCAAGAAGAUGCAGCUGUGGCGCGCGCCGCCCAUACUGGUACACUACACUACACUGUGCCAAUUGACAUCUCAAGCGACUCAUCUUUUUACAUUACCAAUAUCAAUUGUUUUUCUAAUUUUAUACGAGUAUGGGUUUACACAUACCCUUCCGAUCCUUAUGUAAAAAUCCCCUUCCAGGUGAUCCAUCUGAAGCGAUUCCAGUACGUGAAUAACAAGUGGACAAAGUCCCAGAAGGUAGUGAAUUUCCCGUUCGAGGAUUUCGACCCGACGGAGUUCCUGGCGGCCGUCCCGCAGGAGACCAUCCUGCGGCACCGCGAGCUGGCGCGCCCGCGGCCGCGCACACCCAUCUCCGAGGCCGCCGCCGCCGAUGACGCCGAGCAUGUGCUCCACACCAAACACGACGACAGAACACACCACAAGGUGGGCGCCACACGUGUUUUAACUAUCGCCGCUUUUUCUGUGUAAAG